AGUUCCUAAAACGAUACUUUAAUUUUAGAAAGAAUGGGGGAAAAUUAUUUAAAACAGCUGAAAAUCGUCUUAAAUGCAUUUUUGUUAUAGAUAUUUAACCACAGGAAGUAGCUAUAGAAUUAUUGCAUAAAGCAGUUGCGCUCAUUACCAGUAACAAACACUUGAAGUGCACAAAGAGAGAGAGAAAGUGUUGUUGAUACAACAGCAUUGUUUGUUUCAUAACAGUUUUCGAAUGUGCACAACUUCAAUUAACUUUUCUUCCAGGUUCUUCCAGUCAUCAACAGGCACUGCGUUUCUCAAGCGCACGUUCAUCUAAAACUGCAUCACGUUACGCUGCGUAGUAACAUGCGUAUUGCUAAAUAACGGGUGGUUAAAUUACUACUCAAUUUGAACCAUGGAGAGAUACACAAUCCAACAACGUGUUAAAGUUAUCCAGACUUAUUAUGAAAAUGGGCGUUCAAAUCAAAAUGCAUAUCGUGCACUUCGUGAUUUUUUUGGUCAAUUUGAUCGUCCAAAUGUGCAUACAAUCGCAAAAAUCGUGAAAAAAUUCGAGCAAACCAGGUCUGUAGAAGAUGUGAGAACACCAGUGCAUGCUCGUACAGCUCGUACUGCAGAAAAUAUUGCUGCUGUUCGCGAUAGUGUGGCUGAAGAGCCGUCCACCUCAACUCGUCGUCGUGCCCAACAAUUGCACCUCUCACGCUCGUCGUUGAUAAACAUUAUGCAUAAAGACUUGCAUUUACACGCUUACAAGGUGCAAUUGGCUCAAGAACUAAAGCCUCUUGACCAUUCCAAACGUCGUGAAUGGGCAGAAUGGUGGCAAGAAAUGGCAACAGUGGAUGAUCAAUUUUCGAAGAAAAUCAUCUUCAGUGAUGAGGCACAUUUUCACCUCAGUGGAUUCGUCAAUAAACAGAAUUGCCGCAUUUGGGCGAAUGAGAAUCCAAGAGUGAUUGUCGAAAAACCAAUGCACCCCCAAAGAGUGACUGUUUGGUGCGGUUUAUGGGCUGGCGGCAUCAUCGGGCCGUAUUUUUUCCAAAAUGAGGCCGGUCAGGCAGUUACUGUGAAUGGUGUUCGCUAUCGUGAGAUGAUAACGAACUUUUUAUAGCCCGAAUUGGAAGAUAUGGAUGUGGACGAUAUGUGGUUUCAGCAGGACGGUGCCACUUGCCACACAGCUAACGAAACAAUGGCUCUUUUGCGCAACAAAUUCAAUGGUCGUGUUAUCUCACAUAAUGGCGAUGUCAAUUGGCCGCCAAGAUCAUGUGAUUUGACACCGUUGGACUUUUUUCUUUGGGGUUAUUUGAAAGAAAAGGUGUACGUCUAUAAGCCAGCAACAAUUCAAGAGCUAAAGGAUGAGAUAAUUCGGCACAUUAACGGCAUAGAACCUCCAUUAUGCCUCAGGGUCAUCGAAAAUUUGGACCAUCGAAUGGAGGUGUGCCGCCGUGGUCGCGGCGCCCAUUUGGCCGAUAUUUUAUUCCAUACAUA